AUGUCCUAUAAUCAUGCAAUAAGCACAUAUCAAGAAGGAGUGGAAGCUGAAAUUUGUAUUUUUCUCUUUUUGCAAGUUGCAAAUAUUUAUAUCUCCAAUAUCAUUGGUAGUGUUAUGGAGAUGCUGCUAUAUAUCAUUGGUGGUGUAUGUCUAUAUGCACCCCUUGUUGGAACUUCCUUGUAUGCAGCAAUAGUUGCAACAUACUUAGUGGAACCCUUUGGAUGUAGCAUAAGCUACAAUUAUUCAGUUGCAGUGUCUCCAGGGUAUGAUAAUCACAUGAUAGCAUUCAGUUGGUGCAUUGCUGCGACAAGACUGUUUCAUACACUCAAGGUAUUGAACAUGUUGUUUGAGUAA